GCUGUGCACUACGACCUGUGCGAAAGAGAGGACCUGGCCAAAUUCCUGGUGGAUGCCGACAUUCGACUGGUGAGGGCCCCGUUUCUGAAGAAGCUGAACGACUUGAGGGCACGGCUGCCGCGCAGGCAAGAAGCUGAGGCGGCGUAUGUCGGAAGCCAGACAGCCCUGGUUACUCACGAGGAAGUGGAGGCCUGGGCAACACAUGAAGCGCAGGAGGAGCCGCGCAUUGUCGCCUUAUCACAUUGUUGGGAAGCCAGAGAGCACCCAGAUCCAUAUGGUUACCAGCUGAGUAAGCUUGCCCCUGCCCUCCAUCUUGGAGACUGGGUGUUCGUGGAUUACACGUCCCUAUACCAGUUUGAGCGCCUCAGCAUCAAAGAGGAACUGAGUUUUCGGCGUGCCAUGCGCAACAUGCAUGUGCUUUACGCGCAUGAGUGCAGUCGAACUCUUCGAAUCGGGACGCUGACCCCAGAAGAGCUGCGACGUGAAGGGUCCUCCCAACCAAUCCUGAUCUAUCACAAGCCUGACGAAGGUCCCGGCCAGCUUCGAGAGGUUCCCGCGAGUAGCCUGACAGAAAACAGAACGGAAUACCCCGAGCGUGGAUGGUGCCAAGCGGAGAUGCAGUGGUCCAGCUCGCGCCGCGCUUCGGACCUUUCUUGGGAGGUGGACAGUACAGAGGCUGAUGCAGCCGGGCUCGCCCCGAUGGCCCCGGACAUCUUCCGCGCCCGCAUGAAGCACACGCUGAAGUUCACACAUCGUAGCGACGAAGAGGCCGUGUUCCAGCUGCAGGCGCAAGUCUUUCGGGAGAAGUGCCAAGGUCACCAGGCCUUGCAGCUGGUCCGCCUCAACGCUUUUGAGCUGGAUGUAGCCUUACAAGCCUUGGAGCAUUAUCCCAAGCUUCGGAAGCCUGGUCGGAGCCUGGAGAUCCUGAAUUCCCCGCUCCCCGCCCAACUUGCGCUGGUGCUGGAAGCGGGCAUGGGGUUGGCUAAUGCUGUCCAGAACAAGCCCACUCUGAGAGUGCUGACACUGUGCGGGACUGGUUUGGGCGACGAGGAAGCCGUACAGAUGGCAGAGGCCCUGGCUGCGAGCAGCCUUGAAAGCCUGAGACUUCCACAGAACAGGAUCGGGCCGCGGGGUGCUGCAGCCCUUGAGGCGCUGGUGCAGAAGCUGAACCAGUUGGACCUGACGGGAAACAGCAUUUGUCAUAUGGCCUUGAAGUUUGCAAAACGCAUCGUGGCCCGCAAGGUCAGCUGCGACGUUACGCAUGAAGCCGUGGAACUGCUGGUCCGAAACUUCCUACACGCUUGGGUCAACGUUGAGGGCAUGGACGAAGACUUGGAGGACCUCACUGUGCUCAGCUUGCGUCUAGACAGUACGGGUGACCUUGCGUCGGCCGUUCCGUUCUUUAACGAGCUUCAGAGCCUCACGCUGCAGAUGCCCAGCCGUUGCGACGACUGUGCUGCCACAGCCGAAGAGCUUGCCAAGCUCCAACAGCUUCACAGUCUCAGCUUGCAGCUAGGACCCUGCGACAUUGGAUCCGAAGGCAGUCGAAGGCUGACUGAGGGGUUGGAGAAGCUUCAGCACUUGGGAAGCCUGAGCUUGAAGCUGGAGAGCAACAAGAUUGGGCCCGAGGGCAGCCGAAGCUUGGGGGAGGUGCUGACAAAGCUCCCGCAACUCAGCAAGCUGAAAUUAGAGCUGCGCUCCAACAACGUCGGGUAUGACGGCGCUGCAAGCUUGGGCCACAGCCUAGGGCACCUCAAAAAACUCGUCAGCCUGAGCAUUGACUUGAGCGACAAUGACGUUGGAGAUGCCGGCGUGCAGUGCUUGGGUGAAAAGCUAGGGAAGCUUCCAUACCUCAGCAGCUUCUACUUGAAGGUUCAAUCCAACAACAUUGGACCUGAGGGUGGCAGAAGUAUGGGCCAGGGGUUCGAGAAGCUCUGGCUCCUCAACAGCCUUUGUGUGGACUUGGGCUUCAACGAUGUUGGGCCCGAGGGAGGUCGAAGCUUGGGUGAUAGCUUAGGAAGGCUUCAGCAGCUAAGCAGCUUAAGUUUGAAGCUGGCUUCCAACAACAUCGGACCUGAAGGGGCCAGAAGCUUGGGCACAAGUCUGGGAAAGCUCCAGAAACUUAGCACCCUGGAGCUGGGGCUGAGAUCCAACAACGUUGGACCUGACGGGGGUCGAAGCUUGGGUGAGGCCUUGGGAAAGCUUAAGCAACUUAGCAGCCUCACCCUAGACUUCAGCAAGAAUUUCGUUGGAGAUGCAGGAGGCGAAAGCUUGGGAGCUGGGCUGGAGAAUCUCCCACGCCUGGAGAGCUUGGACAUGGACUUGAGUUACAGUUGUUUGUCAGCUGCGGGUGGCCUGCGCUUGGCAUGGGGUCUGGGAACGUUGAAGCGAAUCAGCAGCCUUUGCCUGAACUGGAACAACAACAAAUUGGGUAAAGCAGGUGGUCGAAGCUUGGGAGAGGCAUUGGGAAAGCUUCAGCAUCUCAGCAGCCUCACUCUCAAAGUGUCAUGCAAUGGUAUCCAGCACGAAGGUGGUCAAAGCUUGGGCGAAGGGCUGGGGAAGAUCUGGCAACUCACCGCCCUCAGCUUAGACUUGGAAUGGAAUGAGUUGGGGGCUAAAGGCUGCCACAGCUUAGCGGCGGGGCUGUCAAAGCUCCAGCAGCUCAGUUGCCUUGAGCUGAAUUUAAGCAACAACAGCAGCGAUAGCCCAGGGCAUUGCUUGGGCCAGCUCCAGCAACUCAACAGCUUGAUCUUGGACUUCAGCAACAACUUCAUGGUUGACGACCUGGCGUUGCUGGGAAAGCUGAGGAACAUUCACCACGUCAGCUUGAACUUCAGCAACACUUCGCUCCAUCGAAGCUUACGGAGCUUAGGAGAGGGUUUGGCGCAGCUACAGCGCCUCAGCAGCCUCAACUUGAAGUUAUACGAAGAGGGUGUUAGGCCUGAAGAUGGUGAGAGAAGCUUGGGGGAAGGACUGGUGAAGCUUCUGCAGCUCAACAGCCUUAGCGUAGACUUGAGUCUUUUGAAGCCGUAUGGAAAGGGAAGCAUUUGCAGCUUGCUGGAGGGCCUGCACCAGCUAGCACGGCUCAGCGAUCUCACCCUGGAUUUGCGAGGCAGCGGAAUCGGGGACCACGGCGGCCGCAGCUUAGGGGGAGGUUUGAGGGAACUUCGGCAACUAAACAGCCUCAGUCUGAAGUUGAGCUCGAGCAGUAUUCGGCCUGAAGGUGGUAGAAGUCUCGGGGAAGGGCUGGGAAAGCUCCAGCAGGUUAGCAGUCUGACAUUGGACUUGGCAGACAACAGCAUUGGACCUGAAGGCGGCCGCAGCCUCGGCGAAGGCUUGGGGAAGCUUCGGCAGCUCAAAAGCCUGAGCUUGGACUUGCGUGACAACAAGAUCGGGGAUGAGCGCGUCGGAAGCCUUGGCAAAGAGCUAGGGAAGCUGCAGCAUUUGGGUCGUCUCAGCUUGGACAUUAGUGGAAAUCUUGUUGGUGAUGGUGGUUGCCAAAGCUUGGGACAAGGCCUAGGAGAUCUCCGGCAUCUCGUAAGCCUCUCCUUGGUCUUGAAAGCAAACGACAUCGGAGCUUGCAAUGGCUUAGGAGAAGGCUUGGGACGGCUCCAGCAACUCCGCAGCUUCAGCUUGGAUUUGGGAGCCAACAAGUUUGGGCCAAAUGGCAUUCGAAGCCUGCAUGAAGGAAUGGGACAGCUGCACCAGCUAAGCAGCCUCAGCCUGAACGUGACGACCUCUCAUUUCCUGGAUAAGGAGACUGGCCUUAACUUGGGAGAGGCGCUGGGCAAGCUCCAGCAACUGAACAGCCUGAACUUGGACCUAACCACUGCCUACCUUCAUGCAGCCCGUUCUAUGCACGAAGGGGUGCGGCAUCUCGAGCAGCUGGGCAGCCUCAAGCUUAAGGUGGACAGCUUUGUGAAUUCCGAAGACACGUGCAAGUUCGGGGAGUGCUUCGAGCAACUUCAGAGGCUCACGGAUUUCAGCUUGGAGUUCAAGGGGUUCGCACAAAGCGUGGAGUCCGCACAGUUGCAAAAUCUGGGGUUGUCCUUACGGAAGCUCACAUGCCUCCGCAGCUUCAGCUUGACCUUUCCCAAGAACAGCAAUUUCACGAAAGGUGGCCAAGGCCUCGGAGAGGGCUUGGGAUAUCUUCAGCAACUCUGCAGCCUCAGCUUGGACUUGAGUUCCACCGAACUUGAGGACAAGGAAGGCAUCCGCAGCUUGGGGGAGGGCUUGCAGAAGCUUCAGCAACUCAGCAGCCUCAGCGUAGCUUUGAGGUCCACGAAGCUUGGGGAUAAAGGCAGCCGGAACUUCUUUGAAGGGCUUGGAAAGCUGCAGCAACUCAGCAGCCUCAGCCUGGAUCUGGGCUCCAAUGAUAUUAGCGACGAAGGCGUCCGACCCGUGCGCGAUGGAUUGGGAAAGCUCCCGCUGAUCAGCCUGAACUUGGACGUAUCGGCCAACCGCAUAAAGCUUGAGGGCUGCCAAGGCUUGGCGGAGGGCCUAUCACAGAUCCAAGAGCUGAGGUGGCUCGGCUUGAAGAUGACCUCAAACAAGAUUGGGGACGAAGGUGGUCGGAAUUUGGGUGAGGGACUGGCAAAGCUUCAGCAUCUCAGCAGCGCCACCAUAUGCCUGAAGUACACCAACAUGUCCAGUGAAGGUAUGGACCAGUUGUCCCAGAGGGACCAGAUGCAGGUCAUGGCCGCACUCAACGAGAUGCAGAUGCAGGAGAUGAUGAACACCUACAACAACUUGGUGGAAAGAUGUUUCAACGAAUGCAUCACUAGCUUUCGAACCAAGGCUGUGGAUUUUGCAGCACAUUUGAAGAAGGCAAACACCUACUCCAUGGAAAAAUCAUUAGUGCCUUAUUUCUUGUUCGGCUUGCCCUUUCCAGCUGCAGCUCUUGCUGCCACAUUGUGCAGAUCCAACAUGCAGAAAGCUUUCCUGCCACUGCCUCAGGGCCUGGAAGGCUCCGAGGAGCAGUGUGUCUCCCGUUGUGCUACGAGCUCAGAGUGGUUUAUCGUGCAGCUCUACGGAGUGGGAGUGAGCAAGUUUUUUCUUGGGCCUACCUAUUUCCGUGAACGUUUUGACAUGGCACACAGCGGUGCAGAAGUACAUGUCCUUCACCCAGUCCGGGCCAAAGGGCGCGUGGGCUUGCGAUUCCAAGAGAAGCAGCAGCAGAUGCAGCUGCAGAAGCAUGGUUGGCACAUCAAGUUGCAUGCCGCGUCCUCGUUUCGUGUGCCCGAGACUUGGCAUGAGACUAAGGAAGCCAGCAUGAGCUACCCGGCUCUUCAACUUGCGCUUGCCGCGCUCGCGGCUGUCACUUGGGUGGCCGCCACCGACUUGGAGUGUGGCGAGGGCGACUGCAGUGCGGUGGAGGCCUCGAACCAGGGCUGCUUGAAUGGCCAAUUCCGCAUCCAAGUGGUAGAAGGUGAUGAAGUCCCGUUGCUGGAUGUUCAGCUCCUCCAGAAGUCCAUGUACCUAACUCCCUCGAAGCCGUCAGCCCUCGAAACAGCACCGGUGCAAGCUGACGGCAGCCUCAUGCAGGAGGGCCAGGUAGAGAUCCACCCUGUGGAGGAGCACUCACUCCUGCAGACCUCCAUGGAGGUUGACGGCCUUGAGGCAUCCAACGAGACUGCAGUUUUGGGAAUGGACGGCUGGAGACUGCGGCCGAACGCGAGCUGCUUUGUUGAGGGCCUGCUUCCUGUUUCCGGCACGAAGCCCCUGCUGGUUCAGCUGGGAACCGUUCAUGAGCUCUCCAAUUCAUUGAGCUACUCGUCGAUCUCCAUCUCGUCCUUUCUCUUUGCGGACGCUGCCAAGCUUAGGUCUUCCCUGAUUUUGUCUAUCUACUUUGCACUCUAUGUUUUCUCCAUUGUUUCUAUGUACUACCACAUGACAACAGUGCGGCCUUCUUCGGGCAAGACCCCAAUGCCUGGCUAUGGCAAACCGGAGCUUGCGCCUGAAGAUGAGAUUUUGCGAAGCAACUCCUACUUGAGUUGGCUGUGUGUGACAUGGCUCAGUCCAAUGGUGGCGAAACUAGGCCACUCCUGGAACAGCGCGAUGUCCAAGUGUAGCCCUGAUGAGCUCCCGCCAGUGAACUCCCCGGAGUUUCAGGCCAUUCGGCAGUGCGAGCGCUUCGAAGAACUCUGGGCAGAGGAAGUCCGAGUGCGCGGUCUUGAGGAGGCCAGCGUCAUGCGAGUAAUCUGCAAGCUGUGGGGUUACACUCGCCUGUUCUGGUUCCACAGUUCCCUCUUCGUUCACGUGGUCAUUGGCAACCUUUACCAAGUGUUCCUGAUUCAGACGUCCCUCAGCUACUUCUUCUGGCUACAGAAGGAGGUGCAUGCGAACAAUGGCCAGCUCCCGGACAUGACGAAGCCUAUCUUGGUCUCAAUCGUUGCCUUCUCCGCGCAGCCGCUUGUCUUCGCUAUCCUUUGCUCGCUUGAAGCCAACCUCUCAAUGAAGUUCGACCAGUGCAUUGCAGGGGUUGCAGUGGCUAUGUUUAAGAAGACGCAGCGCUUGCCCGCCUCCAUGCUCAGCCAAGACAAGCCAGUGGGAAGCGCUGAGGAGGCGGACCACCUGCCGGACAAAGUGUCCAAGAAGCCAAAUGCGAUGAUGACCAUCAACCAAGAUGUGAUUGGCAACUUCCACGGGCUGACUUUCCAAGCCUCGCUGACGAUCAAUGCCAGCCUGACAGUGGCCGUGCUCCUUGUGCUCAUGGCUGUGAAGCUGCGCUUGGCCACGCUGUUCUGCUUGGCCGUGGCAAUCCCAGCCCUCACGGUGUCGGUCAUCCUCAGCGGCGCCAUGGGGAUCAACAUGAUGCAGCUCCAGGAUGUGAUGGACAAGCGUGUCUAUCUGCUCCGUGAAGUGCUGAAGGGAAUUCGAAUUGUCAAGUGCUACGCAUGGGAGAAUGCCAUGGAGGAACAGAUCAAAAGAAUCCGUGGCAGAGAGCUGUCCAUGCUUGGAAUUUACUUCCGCAUGUGCAGCCACUUCGUGGUCCUGUUCAACUUGUUCCCAAGGUUGCUGACAUGCGCUGGACUGUGGGGAUUUCUCCACUUGUAUGGAAACCACGACUUGGCCUCAAUCUUCGCCUGCCUGCAGAUCUUGGCAUCUCUGAGGCAAGAAAGCUCCACUCUUUCCGGGGGAAUCCAGCGCAUGAUCACCGUGCGGAUCAGUUCGAUGCGCGUGGAGAACUACUUGAAGCAAGAGGAAGCACCAGUGCUCCCAGGAGUGUCGGUUCCCAAGUGGGUGGAGAUUUGGCCGAAGCAGGUCAGUCCACAAGGCCCACAGCCGUCGUUCAGCAUUCGUGGCAGCUAUCUCUAUUCGCGCGACAAGCCCACAGAGAUUGCUUUGCACAAUCUUAACCUGGAGGUGCAGAAGGGGGAGAUGGUCGCUCUGGUCGGAGGAGUCGGCUCUGGGAAGAGCACUCUACUGGAAGCUGCGCUCGGGGAGCUGCAUCCCCUCUCGGAAGAGAAGGCCUUCCUGUCCCGGCCGCACGUGUGUGGCUACAGUGCACAAGUGCCCCACAUCGCCGAGGGAACUUUGCGAGAGAAUGUUGUGUUUGGCCAGCCGUGGGAUGAGGCGCGCUACCGACAGGCGGUGUCAGCUGCGGGCCUGGAUGGAGACCUGAAGCUGCUACCAGGUGGGGAUGAGGCUUUCAUCGGCGCUCGUGGCAUCAGUCUGUCAGGUGGCCAAAGGGCACGCAUUUCACUGGCAAGGACCGCCUACAACGCGAACGCUGAACUUGUGCUUCUGGAUGACCCGUUUGGUUCCGUGGAUGCACCUACAGCCCUGUGGAUUCUAGAGGAGCUGCUCUGUGGCCCGUUGUUGAAAGAUCGUGCACGCAUUGUGGCCCUGCAGCCUGAGAUUGAGCGCCUCCGAAAGUUUGACCGUGUGUUUGUUUUGGCUAAAGGCCGCAUUGUUGCUUCUGGCAAGCCCAGCGAGGUUGCAGAAACAGAAGAGUUCAAACAGCUCCUCCGCAGCAGUGCGCUGGAGGACACCAUGGAGGUGACACCUGUUGGGACCAAGACCGUGAAGGAGCAGCGCCCUGCGACUGCCGGAGUUCCUUCUCCGGUCCCAGCAACAACCUUGCGAGAGAGUGAAGGCGAAGGACGCCCCACGUGGGAGAUGACAAGCCAGUACAUCGGCAUUGGCAGGUGGAGGAACAUGCUCAACUCGAUGAUCAUCUUCGCUCUGGUGCUUUUCAUCUUCUUGCUUUGCGACAUCUCGCUGGCCAACUGCACAAACGCCCUGGCGCUGGACUCCACUGUGGCCACGGGACGAUACUUUGGAGGCUACUUGUUCUGGAUGACAAUGGGCGUCACAGGCCUCUACGUUGGCUGGAUCUACGGAGCAGGCUUCUCCCUGCGCAUCUCCAACCACAUCCACUGCCGGGUGGUGAAUCAGCUCCUGCAUGCACCAAUUGACCGCUUCUUUGACAAGCAUCCCGUGGGUCGUAUCAUGAACCGCCUGACCAUGGACAUGGCAACCAUCGACCUCUAUUUGUACAUGAAGGUCUCUGGGAGCGUUAUGAUCCUCUUCCAGACACUGGUGCCUUUGGCGUACAUCCACUUCAUUAUGCCCUACUACAUGUCCGCCAUUGCGCUGCCAUUCUAUUAUGUGGUCUUCCAAUUGUAUCUUCGCUACCAGAACACGGCGGUGCCCCUGCGGUACUGCUUCAAGACUUCCUCUUCCAUCACCCAGAGUCAUCUGUCAGAUGUGAUGACAAACACUGUGGUCGUCCGCGGGUUCGGUGAGCAGAAUCGCGUUGCAUGUACGUACGCUGCUUGCGUGGACAACUCCGUGAAGGCAGACCUGACGGAUGAUCGGCUGAUGAAGCGCUGGCUGUGCAAUCGCGUGAAUUACCUUUGGACUUUCUACAACUCCAUCACCUACAUCAUCGGCCUGUACAAUGCUUCGUGGCUGGGUCCAGGCACGCUGGGUAUCGCUCUGACCAACUUGCUGCUGCUUGAGACCAUGAUUGAGCCGAGCCUGGAGAUGAUGGCGGGAGCCCUCUUCGAGCUCAUUGCCCUGGCCCGCGUGCACGAAUACACCUCAGUCACACAGGAGAAGGCCAUGUCCACUCCAGAGGACGCCAAGUUGCGCAACUACUCGGUACGCUUCUUCCGGAACAAUGCUACUCCGAUGACUGUUCGCGAGGCAAAUGGCAGGGUCGAGGUUCUGGCGAAGGGCUCGGUCUUGCUUCAUUCAACGCCCGACGGUCGAUCGUUGAUGUUGGCAGACAAUGGCAGUGACUGCCACAUUGGCCGAUUCCAGGAGUUGUGCACCAGCUGCGCGGAGCUGAAUCGCAUCCCCAGCCUGCACCACAUCGUGGCAGUCAACGAUGCUGUCGGAUGUGCGAAGGAGAUUGCGCAGGAGCUCUGCAAGAAUCCCCGCAGCUUCAUGACGGCUACAGGCUUCACAACCCAACCGCAGGUUGUCGUCGAGUUUCAGAGCAGCUGGCUUUCUGAUGGAGCACGCCUGGACAUCCAGGAGCUGCGCGCGGGCUACGCUGAGGUGCCUCAGGAUGUGCUGAAGGGCGUGACCUUCAGCGUUGAGCCACGCAUGAAGGUGGCAGUGGUGGGCACUACUGGCUGUGGAAAGUCCAGCAUGUUGUUGGCCCUGCUUCGCAUCAUUGAGCCACGUGGGGGAAAAAUCGUCAUCAACGGCAUCGACACGCAGGAAAUCGGCCUUGCGACUUUGCGAAGCUCGCUCGGGCUGGUUCCGCAGGAUCCCAUGCUCUUCACCGGCACCUUGCGACACAACUUGGAUCCUUUCAAGGUUUACACUGACGGUCGCAUCCGGAAGGCUGUGCAGUAUGCUCACCUGGAGGCCUUCGUGAAUACAUUGCCUCUUGGCCUUGACCACGUGGUGUCGGACGAAGGCGGCAACCUCAGCUUCGGCCAGAGACAGCUGCUCUGCCUGGCGCGCAUGGUCUUGAGGCAGCCGGCUUUGCUGUUGCUGGACGAAGCGACAUCUGCUAUCGAUCCAGCUACACAGGAGUCCGUCCAGGAUACCAUCAACCAUGCCUUCCCCAGCUCAACCAUGCUGGCCGUGGCCCACCGUUUGGAGACGAUCAUGGAGUGCGAGCCUCAUGGGCUGGUGGGGCUUGGGUUUCAUCAGGGCCUCAGGGCAGCGCACGGGUUUGUUCCGUUACAACUGGAAGUGUUAUCUUACAUCGGCUCGGUUUUUUUAUGCGAGUGA